AGGGAUGUUAACAGCUGGAUCUUGAUCAGGAGUCUCUCACUGCUCCUCCUCUCUCUCCUCUCUGUUGAUUCCUAAUUUUCUGAGAGCCGGGCCUCACUUUGACUCGCCAACACAUCUGAUCUAAUAAGGUCGAGGCGUCUUUGCGGGUGUUUGCUGGGACUGCGUCCGCACCACCGUCCGCCUUUCCAUCAACACGGAUGUGCAGCUUCGAGGAGAGGAUAUGUACCAGGGUAUGAUGACAAGCAACCACGGACCUUCCUCGUACGAGGCCGGAUUUCUUCACAACGCCUCCGCGGGCGCCUCUCCGGUUUACGUGCCCACCACCCGGGUCGUCACCCCCAUGAUCCCGGCGCUGCCGUACCUCCAGACGCCCGGUGCGUCGCAGCAGGGCGGCGGCGCGUCCAGCCACUCGGCGUGGGCACAGCCGGGCGCAGAGUCGGUGUCCUCGUACAACCACUCCCCGGUGUCCCCGGUGUACAGCAGCCCGCUCAACAUCUCCGCCAACGGGAGGGAACACUACGGAGCCCGGAGCCUCGGCGGGUCCUACCACAGCCCCUACACGGCCUACGUGAGUCCGAACGUGGGCGCGACGUGGCCGGCGUCCCCCUUUGACGGCCCGGUCCUCCACGGUCUCCAAACGGGCGCCGCUCCUGGCACGACGCGGCACCCAAACAUAGAUCUGUUCGAUGACUUUGCCGAGGGCCGGGAGUGUGUGAACUGCGGCGCCAUGUCCACCCCCCUGUGGAGGCGGGAUGGGACCGGCCACUACCUGUGCAACGCCUGUGGGCUGUACCACAAGAUGAACGGCAUCAACAGGCCCCUCAUCAAGCCCCAACGGCGGCUGUCGGCCUCCAGGAGGGUGGGCCUGUCCUGCACCAACUGUCACACCACCACCACCACCCUCUGGCGGCGGAACGCGGAGGGGGAGCCGGUCUGCAACGCCUGUGGCCUCUACAUGAAGCUCCACGGGGUGCCACGACCCCUCGCUAUGAAGAAAGAGGGCAUCCAGACCCGCAAGCGAAAGCCCAAGACCCUCAACAAGUCCCAAACUGCCACAGGGACCCCAGGAGGCAGCGAGGGGACGCCCGCCACGCCCACCAGCACUCCCCGCGCCCCCGGCGCCGCCGCGGAGGAGCCUCGGCCCAUAAAGACCGAGCCCGAGACUCACAGCUUGUACACACAUCACAGCGCGCACACGCAGAUUUCAGCCCUGCCCGCCUACAUGGCAGCUCAAGGAGGGGCCCUUCCUCUCAAGAUGUCCCCCGGGGGCCACAGCGGCUCCCCCAGCGCCAAAGCGGAGCCCUGGAACAGCCUGAUCCUGGCUUAGACCAGCCUAAAACCACCCACAGCGGAGCCAUCGGACCCGGCCGAUGGACGGAGGCCUCCAGAGAGCGGACGGUCGCUCUGGGUGAAACGAUCCCUCGUUUCCCACACCUUCAGCACAAAGUCGGCCUAGAACCGAGGGAGCGGCUCACAGAAACAGAACCAUGACCAGGAGUCUCUGUCGGAUGACCAGCAACGGCAACACAAAUGCAUCAGGUGGACCUUCAACACCGUCACUAACUGUGUCUUACCAGUGCUUCACCAGUGAACAGACUUUAUUUCCAUGAGGUAUUGUUAUUUCACCACAUUUGUCUGAUUCAUCAUCAAGACCUUUUCGAGAAAGCAGCGAGGGACAUUCAAAAGAUAAAGACAAUAACUGAAGGUGCAGGAGGUGUGAUAUGAAAAUUGAGCAUAACACAAAGGUAAUGUUAGGGAUUUCAUUUAACAAAUUAAAGUUUCUUUCUCUUGAAUUUACUGUAACUAAGAGAGACUUGCUCUACAUCCGACAUCCAUCACUCCUCGGCACCAGAGAGACCGUCUCAGUGGCCUGUCGUGUUUGGUCUCACCGUGUGUUAUUGCCUCUUCACGUUAAUGUAUUGAAAUGUUCGUGUCAGUAUUGGGUGUUUAUUGACCUCUAUUAAUAAAAACGUUAAACUACCUAAGUGCAGCCAAAAGGCUGCACAAUGACUGUGAUGCGGGUGGAAUUCUUGGCACAGAGCUCCCUCUGCUGGUGGAAGCGUGGAAGUGCAUCUGAGCUCAUUAGAUUUUUAAAACGUUUCCAUAAAAUAUUUAUUAUUAUAGGCACACCAGUUAUCAUAGAUACUAUAAAGGCAGAAACUGCAUUGAAACUGUACAGUAUUAUCUUGAUACUGCUUCAAUUUGCUUGAGACAAACACAAGGAAUGUCGCGUAAAUCUGCAACGCUGCCACGCGUAAUUAUACAAAACUGUAUGUGCAAACUUCACUCCAGCAUAAUUGUGUAACACACUGUUUGUGAUGUAUUGUAAGUAAAGAUACAGUGAGAGUGUUGCCCUAAGGCUGCUCCUCUCCUACUCUGCACCUGUAGCUCUACUGGGGAAACAAAUAAAGAGAGGGCAUGUGGCCCUAAUGCGAAGGU